CAGCCUGGGUAACGAGUGAAGCUCUAUCUCAAAAAAAAAAAUAAAUAAAUAAAAACUAAAAGAAACACAUGUUAUUGUAAUGACAAUUUGAGCCAAUUACAGGAUUGUGCUUAUGUUACCACAUUGACUGUAGGUCCUUUCUGUGAGUUGGGUUGUUGAAGAGUUUGAGGUAGACAGAUGGCAGUGGGUGGGAAUGAGUUGGGAGCUUUUGUUAGGUUUAGAGAAUGUAGUCUUUCCACCAUCAUUUAGUUGUUUAUUUUAUGCAUAGGCUUAUUUUUGUUCUUGUGAGCAUUAUGUUGAGUUAAUGUGUUUUCUUUGACCUCAAACCUUCUGAAAUGUUUCUAGGUCUUAAAGAUUCAGGUAUUAUUUAUUUCAUAGUAGACAGAAUGAAGUAAAUGAAUACUUUCUUGGGGGAUAGUGUUGAUAAGUUUCAUAGUGACACCUCUCCCUCAUGAUUAAAAGUGCUACAUUUGCACAAAUAUGUGAUUUAUAUUUUACAUUAAAAUUAAGAUCAAGUUUUUCCUUGAGAAAUUGUUGAACUUUUAGAUUUGGGAGAGGGGGAGUUCCUACAGGAAUUAUGAAUUGUUUUGACCAGUGAGAAGCUUAUUUAACAUUUUUGGAAGGAGUACCCCAAAAGUAAUGCGUCUUUUGGCAUAGUGGAAACUUGCAAUAAUGUUUUCUUGUUGUUUUUUAAUUGAGUGAGUGAGCUGCAUCUCUAUUGGAUGUUUGGCCUUUGACUUGAUUGUGUCAGCUUUUAGAAAAUAACUUUAUGGAAAUCGUCAGAUUCCAUACAAUUACCUAUUUAAAGUGUCCAUGUCCGUGGUGUUUGGUAUAUUCACAGAGUUGUGCAGCCAUUGCCUACUUCGGACGUUCUAUAGAAAUGCAGUUGACAGUAUGUGUUUUCUGUGUGUAGCCUCUGUCAUUCAGCACCAUGUUUUCAUUCAUGUUGUGCAUGUAUGCAUCGGUUGUUCCUUGUUAAUGUCGAAUAUUACUCCAUCGUGUGGAUGGUCCACAUUUUAUGUAUUCGUUAGUCCAUUAAUAGGCAUUGGGGUUGUUUCUACUUUUUGACUGUUGUGUGAUAAUGCUGCUGUGAACAUUCAUGUUCAGGUUUUUGUGUGGACGUGUCAUUUCUCUUGGGAAUAUACCUACGCGUUUGUAUCCGCUUUUGUUGUUUCUUUUACCUACAGUUCAGAUUCCCAUUUAUGUUUGUACAGACACUUUGCUACUUGUAACUGGGGCUUGUUUGACCUUUGUUGCUGACCUAGUGACUUCUUGUGUCAUGUUGAAAGCCCCUGAGACCCUCUGUUGCCUAGAGAAACAGGCAGAUUUGCAGUCUCUUUCCUUCCUAAGACCAGAUCACAUCUGGUGGUCAUGAAAUGGUCUUAUCAAAUAAGUACCUGUUAGAUUUUUGGUAAAUAAGUAUGUAUCUAAGCCAAAUAAAUUUUGUGUGUAUUUUAUAUUAUUUUUCUUCUCUCUGCUUCCUCUUGGGUACAUCCUUUGUUCUGUGGCCCCAGUGGCACCUAGAGUGAAUAUGAAUGAUUUGUCUAUGUUUUCCCUUCAGGCGGAAUGUUGCUUACUUGGAUUUUUUCUUGUUAAUUUUGGUGACUGAGUUGCCUGUUUUUGAAGUGAUAAAUACCUUCGGAUAGUAGGGUUGCUCUUUAGCAUUUUAAGUGUCCAAAUGAGACCUAUUGGGAUGUUUCCAUAAUUUGCAUCAAAUUCAUGUAAAUGCGCCUUAAUGAUAUUAGCUAGUCUGUCUGAGCUAAAUUAUUAAUUUCAUUACUACUAUUUAAUAAAGGGGCAGGAUUUGCCAUGGUCAUUCUAGUUAAUAGUAAGAGCCCUGUAGGUCUCUCAUCAUAUAUCUAAGCGGAAUUAAGCUUGGAAAUAUUACUGAGUGCCUUGUGGCUCUAUUUGGUAACAGUCAUGCCUUACAUUUUGAGACAGCUUAUACUUUUACACACCAGGAGACUCAUUGUGAAUUGUGAGUAGAUAUGAUUCUCUUCUGGCAGUAAGGGAAUGCAUUCAGUCAGUUGAAAAUCAACAUUAUGUGGUUUGCAGGAUAGGUCUUACUCCUUUCUUAGGCAAGGAAUCUGGGAUCCAGAAGGAGUGAGCGGUUGGUUAGGAGGAGUCAGUGCCAGAGGAAGGCAGCGUGCCCUUUCUGCUCUGCCCACGCUGUGAGGACACCAGGCCGUACCUUCGCCAGGAGGAGGUCAUGCCAAGUCCAAAGCGUCAGGCCGCUCAGAGCCAAGCAGCUUUGCUGGAGCACCCACUGGUGCACUUGGAAAGUGAUUUAUCCUGUUAAAGCCUCGCUGCCACCUCAGCUGUAAAUUGGAGACAGUAGGAAGCCAUCUCUGCAGGCCUGUGGGGACCUGGCACCUGGGCACUGAACCCUGCUGCCCUUGGUCAGAUGGUUGCAUUGGGAAGCAGUUGGAAGGGUCCUGUGGUGUGCUCCUUCUGGGACCUUCUGCCACCCCCUGGAGGCAGCUUGAGCCCCUACCCAUCUCCCCCCAUCAGUGCACAUUCCCUUCAGCCCUGGACCAGCUGUGGGGCCCUCCUCUGUAGGUGCUGGCUGUUCCAGGAGGCACACGAGUGUUGGUGUGGGACCUGCCCACUGCUCGAGAUCCCCCAGGGAGAGCCCGCUCAGGCUACGCACGGGCUUCUGGCCGCAUGGGUCAGCAUCACAGGACGGACAGAUCAGUGGGGGAAGAGUCCUCCUGCAGUGCUGCUGCCACUGGAGGCUGGUGAGAGUGGUGCUGCCAUAGAGAACAAGCCUUGAUCCCUGACUUGAAAGGCAGAGUUCUUCUGGAACUUCUGCGAGGAGUGCCCAGAGUGGCACCUAAAUACGUUAGAAGCGCUUGAUGAAAGUUCCUCUGAGGCUUUUAAACUGCUCGAGUGAGUCGCUCUGAAGCACAGUGAUGGCAAAAGGAAACCACCUCACGCUGCCUCUUUGUGCCUUCUGUCCUCAUCUCCCGUGGGCCGUAGGUGUUCCCUGUCAGGAUUUAUGCGGAGGCAUGUCUGCUGUGGCCGAAUGUGUUCAUUCAUUCAUAUCUCACAGUAAGAGGGAGGGAUGGGGGAGGAAGACUGCCGUAUUUCCUUAAAAGUUUUUCUGUAACUCGAAUCCCUCCCACCCCCAUGCAGUAACACCAUCUUUUCCAGUUGGUGUCAGUGAAUUCUGUUUUGGGUACCUACAGAAGCAGUAGGGGAGGUUAGGAUGUGGCUGGAGGAUGCUGGUUCCUGGGUGUAAAUCCUGGCUCUUGCGCUUGAACUGACUGUGCCUCAGCGUCCUCGUCUGUUCGGUGGAGCCGCCUCAGAGAGGAACAAGUGAGUUGUGCGUGUGGAGCAGGUGGCUGACAUGUGGCGAGUCCUCCAGGAAUGCGGCAGCAGAAGGAACACGUUGAGCACCGCAGAUACAACCCUGACCACCACUGCAGGACUUCUGUGCGGGGGCAGCUGCAGAACCACCACUUCAGGACAGCAUGGGAGCUGCUGGAGGUGGGGGGAGCUCAGGGAAAGGGCCUUGCUACCAGGGGUGGGAAGGGAGUCAGUGAAGACGUCCUGGAGGAGAAGAUUCCAGAGCCUGAGAUGUGAAAUAGAGUUAGGUAGCCAGAGACCAGGCAAAGAAGGGCCGUUUUCAUCAGAGAACAGCAUAACACUGGCAGAGGUCUGACAUGUCAUUUCCUGUUACUAGAAUUGGGGAGUGACCAGUGGAUUCUUUAAUUUGUUUAUUCUUUCGUGCAGUCCUUCACCUCACACCUGUUCAGGGUCCGGUGGGGCUCUGGACAUAGGGUGGAAGGAAACCAUCUGAGCAGAGGCCGCUUGGACUGUCACCUCCGUCGGGUGCCAAGGCUGCCAGAGGACAGCUGUUACUUAUGGGUGGCGGUGUGGUGCGGUGGCACAAUACAGAGCUGCCCCACUGUGUCCAUGCCCUGGCGCCUCCCCGCAGUCACCAUGUGCCUUGGAUGAUAAGGCUCCGGCCACAGACAUAUGCCCUUGCAGAGGACCUCCCGCACCUGCUGAGGAUUGUGUACAGCCAUCUGGAGGGUAUUCUCCCUUGGCCCUCCCUGUAGUCCAGCUGAGUCCACAUCCUUCACCUCUUUUUAACUCUUCCUUUCUUACAGAACCUGGAGCUGCAGUCGGGCUCGAGUUCUGCCUCCUAUGCAGUUCCAGCCGUCCUCCACCAUGCAUGAUGGUGUGUUUUCCAUUAUUCUUCCUCCCAGAGCACUUGCACCCACCCUGGCGGUGGUUCCCGAUGGUCAGAUUGAGUAUCCCUUAUCUGAAAUGCUUGGGACUAGAAGUGUUUCAGAUUCUGAUCUUUUUGGAUUUUGGAAUGUUUGAAUAUGCAUAAUUAGAUAUCUUGGGGAUGAUACUUAAGUGGAAACACAAAAUUCUUUUCAUAUACACCUUAUACACAUAGCCUGAAGGUAAUUUUAUGCAAUAUUUUAAAUAUUUUGUGCAUGGAACAGAGUUUUGACUGUGACCUGUCACAUGAGAUCCACUUGUGGUGGUAUGUUGGUACUCAGAAAGUUUCAGAUUUUGGAGCAGUUUGGAUUUUUGGAUUAGGGAUGCUCCACUUGAAUAUCCUUUUAUAUACAACACAUGGUCAAUGCUCACUAAAUGUAUUGCAUGAAUGAAUGAAAACCAAAGGUCAAUUUACUAAGCGUGCUACUAUUUCAGAAACCUCUUUUUCCGAAUUUGAUUAUAUGGUCAAUGGUUUAAUAUUUCAAGUGCUCUGACCACGUAAUGGUUAUUACCACACUGUGAAGGUAGCUGGGUGUUCCGUGAUUGCUGCCCCCAGAGGACCUGGAAGUGCUUGCUGUACUUGCAUUUUCUGGAAUGGAAAUCAUGGCUUAUUCCCAGGAGCCCCCAGCGGGGGCUUUGAGUCUGGUGCUAAGCGGCAGAUGUGCAGAUUCCCGCAGGGCGUACCUGAGCCCCGAGAGGGGGCGUCGUAGUGCACAGCGCACUCAUUUCCGCAUUCCUACCCCGCACAGCCAGUUGUCACAGCCAUCCUCCAGUAAAAACCACAAACCAGUCAACCUCUAGGAAACAGGUAGGAAAUCUAGAAAAAGCCUCAGGUGUUCACAGCAUUCUUUAAAGAUUCUUUAAAAAUCUUUGUGAUUGGAAAGACUGCUUCCUGUGCCAGAGAGUCUCUCUCCAGUGCUUUUGCUUCUGAGGUUGGUAGCUUUCAGAAAGACUGCAAUGCAGCGGUUACCAAAGUCCUUGUUAAUAUGGAAACAACCCGUGGCGAAGCCUUUUACUCCCCUUCAUAACUGCUGACUGUUGCCUGCAGUCGGAAGGAGGAGAUAAUGAAGGUAAUACUCCUCCGGACCUGGCAGUUUAGUGAUUAGAACGGACGCGGUUCUGUGAAUGCUGUGGCUGGCACAGGCAUGUCCUGCAGCAGCUCUGUCAAGUUACUGAUGCAGUGGGCUUCCUGGGAACGUGAAGCUGAAGAUGUCUUUGCAGUUUGUGCACGAUAAUUUUGUUUUCAUCUCUGUGUUCAGAUGGUGGAUUAUAAGAAGAUGAGGAAAAUGAGGCCCAAAGAAGUGAUGCCACUUGGUUAAGGUCCCAGUGCAGGUCAGAAUCAGAUCUAGGAUCAGAAACCUGGCUCCUGGCUCCUGGCUCUCUACUCUUCUAAGGAUCGCUGUCCUGACAGAAGAGAAUUUCUACUCAAUGUGCUGGAGUCACCCACAGGAGGGGCAAAGGGCGUGACCUCUGCCCUUAAUGCUGUGUGCUGUGAUGGGAGAUGGGUGCAUAGCCGAACCUGCAAACUGGAAUGUUGAGAUGAAUUCUGGCUUGACACCUACAUUUCUGCUGGUAAGGGACUCCGCUACAGUAAUUAAAGAAGGAUAAGGUUGGCGUUGCUUUGCUCCUUUUUUAAUUGAAGUCCUUCCUUCCUGAUCAAGCUUCCAUAUAUCUCCUUAAAGCAUAUGACACACAGAACUCCUCUUUCCUAAAAUGGAGUCGAAUAAAAAGAUGGACUCCCCUGGCCCGCUGCAGACUAAUCCGCCGCUAAAGCUGCACACUGACCGCAGUGCUGGGACGCCGAUUUUUGCCCCUGAACAAGGAGGUUACAAGGAAAAGUUUGUGAAGACCGUGGAGGACAAGUACAAGUGUGAGAAGUGCCGCCUGGUGCUGUGCAGCCCGAAGCAGACCGAGUGUGGGCACCGCUUCUGCGAGAGCUGCAUGGCUGCCCUGCUGAGCUCAUCAAGUCCAAAAUGUACAGCGUGUCAAGAGAGCAUCGUUAAAGAUAAGGUGUUUAAGGAUAAUUGCUGCAAGAGAGAAAUUCUGGCUCUUCAGAUCUAUUGUCGGAAUGAAAGCAGAGGUUGUGCAGAGCAGUUAACGCUGGGACAUCUGCUGGUGCAUUUAAAAAAUGAUUGCCAUUUUGAAGAACUUCCAUGUGUACGUGCUGACUGCAAAGAAAAGGUCUUGAGGAAAGACCUGCGAGACCACGUGGAGAAGGCGUGUAAAUACCGGGAAGCCACGUGCAGCCACUGCAAGAGUCAGGUUCCGAUGAUCGCGCUGCAGAAACAUGAGGACACUGACUGUCCCUGCGUGGUGGUAUCCUGCCCUCACAAAUGCAGCGUCCAGACUCUCCUGAGGAGCGAGUUGAGUGCACACUUGUCAGAGUGUGUCAAUGCCCCCAGCACCUGUAGUUUUAAGCGCUAUGGCUGCGUUUUUCAGGGGACAAACCAGCAGAUCAAGGCCCACGAGGCCAGCUCCGCCGUGCAGCACGUCAACCUGCUGAAGGAGUGGAGCAACUCGCUCGAAAAGAAGGUUUCCUUGUUGCAGAAUGAAAGUGUAGAAAAAAACAAGAGCAUACAAAGUUUGCACAAUCAGAUAUGUAGCUUUGAAAUUGAAAUUGAGAGACAAAAGGAAAUGCUUCGAAAUAAUGAAUCCAAAAUCCUUCAUUUACAGCGAGUGAUAGACAGCCAAGCAGAGAAACUGAAGGAGCUCGACAAAGAGAUCCGGCCCUUCCGGCAGAACUGGGAGGAAGCAGACAGCAUGAAGAGCAGCGUGGAGUCCCUCCAGAACCGUGUGACCGAGCUGGAGAGCGUGGACAAGAGCGCGGGGCAAGUGGCUCGGAACACAGGCCUGCUGGAGUCCCAGCUGAGCCGGCAUGACCAGAUGCUGAGUGUGCACGACAUCCGCCUGGCCGACAUGGACCUGCGCUUCCAGGUCCUGGAGACCGCCAGCUACAACGGCGUGCUCAUCUGGAAGAUUCGUGACUACAAGCGGCGGAAGCAGGAGGCCGUCAUGGGGAAGACCCUGUCCCUUUACAGCCAGCCUUUCUACACUGGCUACUUUGGCUAUAAGAUGUGUGCCAGGGUCUACCUGAACGGGGAUGGGAUGGGAAAGGGGACGCACCUGUCGCUGUUUUUUGUCAUCAUGCGUGGAGAAUAUGAUGCCCUGCUUCCAUGGCCGUUUAAGCAGAAAGUGACACUCAUGCUGAUGGAUCAGGGGUCCUCUCGGCGCCAUUUGGGAGAUGCGUUCAAGCCCGACCCCAACAGCAGCAGCUUCAAGAAGCCCACUGGAGAGAUGAAUAUCGCCUCUGGCUGCCCAGUCUUUGUGGCCCAGACUGUUCUAGAAAAUGGGACAUAUAUUAAAGAUGAUACAAUUUUUAUUAAAGUCAUAGUGGAUACUUCGGAUCUGCCCGAUCCCUGAUGAGUAGCUGGGGAGGUGGAUUUAGCAGAAGGCAACUCCUCUGGGGGAUUUGAACCGGUCUGUCUUCACCGAGGUCCUCGCACUCAGAAAAGGACCUUGUGGGACGGAGGAAGCGGCAGAAGGCGGACGCGUGCCGGCGGGAGGAGCCACGCGUGAGCACACGUGACACGUUUUAUAAUAGACUAGCCACACUUCACUCUGAAGAAUUAUUUAUCCUUCAGCGAGAUAAAUAUUGCUGUCAGAGAAGGUUUUCAUUUUCGUUUUUAAAGAUCUAGUUAAUUAAGGUGGAAAACAUAUAUGCUAAACAAAAACAUGAUUUUUCUUCCUUAAACUUGAACACCAAAAACACACACACACACAUGUGGGGAUGGCUGGACAUGUCAGCAUGUUAAGUAAAAGGAGAAUUUAUGAAAUAGUAAUGCAAUUCUGAUAUCUUCUUUCUAAAAUUCAAGAGUGCAAUUUUGUUUCAAAUACAGUAUAUUGUCUAUUUUUAAGGCCUCAUCUGGUCUCUGUUUUAAUAAUUUGUUUGUCAGAAGACCCUGAAGUAUACCUAGGUCUUUUUUUUGAAAGUCUCUAAAUUCAGAAUCAUUUUUAAUUUAAAGUUCUACAAAUAAUUGUUACUGCAAACAUUUUAUUUUAAAACGCUGAUAGACUGAUAUUUCUUGGAAGAAAAUAUAAAAUAUCAAACACUGGUUAUCACUUGUGAUAGGAAAGAGAAUAUUCAACCUGUUGUUAUUUCUCGUUAGAAAUGUAAACCUUCAAUAUCUGUCGUAGUUAAUGACACGACUUCACAAUUCUGAACGGAGCCUCGCUCAUGGAUGCUGUGCAUCAUUUUCAGAUUUAUAAUUGUUUUCACCCUAAAAUAGGGCAUCCGUUGAACUUUGGAGUUCUAAACAAAAUCCUGUAGGUGUUUGGAUUCUGCCCCAUGUGUUCGGACGAGCUCUCUGUUGCUGACAGCACCGGCCUUCGGUCUCCAUGUCAGGGGUGGGCGGGUGACUGCUGAGGGAGGCCCGCAGGUGUGUUUCUCCAUCCUGUCAUCUUGCUGCAUGCCGUCAACGGUCUCCGAAAGCAACAUUGCGCAUAGAGCUGGUGGCAUACGGUACAUGUGCCUUAGAUGUGACAUGCUGCUUCUCCACCCUGGGUUUGCGUUGAGCAUAAUUCUAGAAAGUGCUAGUUUAACCAGACUUUUCUCUCCACCACUAGAUCUUUAUCUCUACAAGGGCCCUCAGACACCUCCGCACCUGCUGAGGGGAAGCCAGGCUCCACCGUCGGCUUCUGGAGCCUCUGCUGCUUAAUUACCACAGAUUCCAAAUCUCUAGGCCCCACGAGUGAGCCACCUGGUCCAAGUACGGCCUGGUCCCACCCUGAGGGAGGCAGGUGUGGAACAGAAGCCGAGCCUCUCCGUGUCCCCACUGGGGCCGUGGGCACCCCCACAGCCCGAAGCAGAACCCUCUGAGCAUUCCAGAGACCGCUGCUCGGGGGCCUGCCCAGGCUGACCGAUGGGCGCUCCUGACCACCACCCUGGUGGGAAGGGUGGCCACAGGGCCCGUCGUCCCAGCCUGCGCCUGCCCGGACGGCAUUUUCUCAACUCACUGUUUACUGUCUCUCAGUGUCCAACUGUGAUUAGAAGCCUGGAGCCCGGCCCCUGCACCCCUUUUGCUAUGCACCACGCUUCAUGGUGCUCUUACCACUGAUGGGUGCUACACGCGACGGGUGCUUCUUAGGCAAAACCAAUGUGUGCGAACCGCCACACCUGUGCCACUUGCCCACAAGCCGCGCCCACAAUUGGCCAGCUGGGCCGUGCACGUCAGACUGCCUGCCUCGGCUCUCCCCGUGGCCGCGCGGGGACAGCUUGGUGGGUGCCCGGUGGCCCACCUGUCUCUGGUGCUGCCAUCUGUCCUGGGUGUGCCUUCGCCCCAGUGCCUGCUGGAAGUGCCCUCCGUCGCACCCCUGUGCCCCGAGCUCCCAUGAGGGGCCUGCCGCGCCCUUUCGCGGUUGAAGCGCUCCGUUGUUCUUAUCUGCCUUUCCUUUCCCCGCUUUCCUGGGAUUGCUUUGGGGGAAUGAGUAUCUUUGGUUCUGCCCCGUGAGGGAGCUCAUAAAGCAAGGACUUCCUGCAGGAGCUGCGGAAAACUACUGUUCCUUGAAGGUGUCCCCCACCUCAGGCCUGUCCCCUACCUGCCCUCAGGUAGCUUUCCUGAGGUCAGGGGUUAACAACAGGGACAUCCCUGCAACUUCCCCUUCACAAAAUGUACAAUAUUAGAUUAAGGUUAUGCAACAUCUUGGUCUGGUAAGAACUGUUUCCUCCCCUCUGGGUUGAAGGCCUGGUGUGGCCCCCGGAAGCAGCAGUGCGUGUCGCUGGGACGUCUCCAGUAGCCCUUCCCAGGCAGAUGCUCCUGGGGGGACGCCAUGGGACCCCACCCAAGGGUCCCACAGACAUAACCUGAGUGACGGGGGUCCUUGAGGAUGGGAUGGCCCAUGUCACACGCUUUGUCCUUGUGUUUGAUUGUAUUGGGGUCUCUGUUCUGAGUGUGUCUUCCUCUCAUAUACUCAGCACGGGGGGCAGCAGCCUGGGACGGCGUCCCCUCUCCCAGCGGUGGGCAAGCCUUGUGCUGCUCCACCCUCAACCCCCGGGCACCCUCACUUGGCGCUCGCCACCUGAGCCAGCCUGAGGCCAUGGUCUCCCUGCAGCUGAGGCCCAGUGGCCCCUCGGGCAGUGGUCGGCCGUCCCUGUGUCACAGGGCCCUGGCAGCAAGCAUGAAACGGGGGUGCACACUGUGUGCUUGGGGGUGCUGCUUAUUUACCAAAAGUGACCAAACUCCCAGCAGGACAGAACUGUUCAGUAUUUUACAGAAACCAACUGAGUCCUUUGUGCAUGAAUUAAGCUGGUCUGCUUCCCGUCACCUUCGUAACAAAACACCGUCCCCUCUCCCCUCGCCUCGAGCAGUUUCUCCAGGACACCGUGGUUCGGGCUGCUCCCUGCUGCCGGGCGCACUGGGGGCUGGCCUGGGCCCGGCUCACAUGAAGGGCACUGGCUCUUGUGACUGCACUGAGCCCCGUGCAAGCCGCAGCCGGGCCUGGAAGCCUGACCGUCUGGUUCUAGGGCUUUUCCAGCAGAGCCUGCAGAGCUAGAAGUUGGGGUGUGUCUUUGAUGAUACGGGGGCCAGGCUGGGAGUACGGCCUUUCCCGCAGGGUUGGGUGGCUCAGUGAGGGUGGAAGUAGGGGCCCAUGGGGCCCUGGCUUUGGGACUAGACGUGCCAGCUCCAGCUGGACUGGAGGGAGCCUGAGUAGGCCCUGACAUACGCUGGACUUUUCAACUCGCUGUGCUCUGGUGACACACAGGCGGCCAGGUCAGGGUUUGUGUCAAUUCUAGGAGCCGUCAAGCAUGAAAGUGGUGCUGUCCCCUGAGCGCAAGCCUCACCAGAGCCCUGGGCGAAGGCGUGGACUUGCAGAUGUGUGUUCCCUGUGCAGGUGGGCAGAGGGGGCCCUGGAGACCCAGGUUGCAGCCCCAUUCUGUCACCUCUUCCUCCCCAGAGCAGCCUCUGCCGAGGGACAGCACCUGUGUCCCUUCGAUGCCACCACAGUCAGUUGAACAGGGAGCCCUUUGCUCAGGCAGCUUCUUCUGCCUCUCCCUCCUUUCCUGUCCCAUCCCCCAUGCCCUUCUUGGCCUGUGGUGCCGGGGAGCCAUGGUGUGGCGUACUGGGGCUCCUGCUCCUUGGGCCACUUCCUUGGCCCGGGCCCCACAGGCCCACCGCCUGUCAGGGCUCUCACUGCACCGGCUGUGGCAGGAGGCUUCCCCAUAACGCCGUGUGGCCCAGCUCGGUGAGGAUGCAGUUCCAGGCACAGUCCCUGGGACAACCAGCUGCCUCCCAGACCACCUCAGCCUGCUCCAGGGUCCUCAGUCACCCUGGGCCAGGGGCCACAUGUCCCAUGGAUGUCGGCCAUGCCAACGUCACAUUCCAGCACCCCUUUUGCUUGAUGGUGUCUGGUGGUAGUCACCAUGGUGGACCCACAUCCUUCAGCCAGAGGUGAUGUCAGACAAAGGAAGGGUGGUCUGCAUGAGUCCUUAAACAACCAUUCUGUCCCUAGCGGGGUCAUUCCUUGUCAACCCAAGGGAGGGCCGGGGAGUACACUGAUCCCAACAGCUGGGCUGACACCUCCUUUCUCCCCUGCACAGGGAGGAUUGGCGCGAGGACUGCUACCCUGUGCACAGCUCCAGCAGGGUGGCAGUGCCACUGUCUCCGUGGGCCAUUGCAGGGUUGGGCAGGCGCAGACUCCUUGCGGGCCCCUGGCUCAAUUCCCAGCCCUCCCAGACUCCUCCCUGUACUGGGGGUAAUUUGUGUGUCAAAAGGGCUCCAGCAGAACUGUAAAAUACUGUUUUUAAAAAAUUUAGUGCAGAUCUUUACUUAGUAGACUGCAGAAGGACAGCUAGGGAGAGUGCUGGGAGCCCCUUUGCUUUUGUGUGUGUGAUGAAUGAGGGUCUGUCACCCAAAUCUACUUCUCAGCCCAUGACCAUUGUUCUGUUUUCCGUUUGCAAAUCUCAGUAGCUCUGUUUUCUCCAAAGUAGAAUGUCCCCACCGGGGCCCAGGCCAGGCGAGGUCAGUGUGGGCAGGCUACCUGGUCAUUAUUGCUGCCUCGUCCAGGCUGCUGCUGAUGGUCACAGGCACAGUGGCAUCAGGGAGCCGGGCCAGCAGGCGGCGUGAGGCGGGGCCCGCAGCUCACUGCAAGGGCGUUUUCCACCUGACCCAGGUGUGCCCCACAUGCGGUUGCAGGGCAGACGUAUGAAGCCUUGGCCGCCUCAGGGCUGGCAGGUGUGUGGGUGAGGAGGCCCCGGUGGCCAAGCAGAGCCUGCGUUUCAUUUCUCCUGCUGCACUGUGUCUAGUCUGUCUUGUGAACUCUCACCGUGAAAAGAUGCUAGAAGUCCAGGAUCGCUGCACCACUCCUGUAAUUAGGUGAUGAUUGGUUUUGACAACUUAGUCCCCUCAAACAAGUAAGAUACCCCCUCCAACGGCAAAUUCAGUGACUUAAUUGGAAAACACACAAGCUGGCAUGAUGUCCGGUGAUUUCUCUAAGAAAUGCCUGUGGGAGAAGGUGUGUGAAGUGUGGAGGGCAGUGUAGACGCUGCACAGCAUCUGCAGAUUUGCAACCCCUUCUCUGCCGGUGCCUCUGUGUUCAGUUCUGUUACCCAAAAACAAAGACCAAAGAAGGCCAGUCUCUCAUUCGACCCUAUCUUUUUAAUCUGCCUGUUUUAAAAAUUGCGUCUGUAGUAGCCGCUUGCUGUGAGGACACAUCUCGACAGUCCAAGUGAUUCUGUGACCAGUGAUUCGGGCCCUGUUUUCCGCUCUUCUAAGAAAAAAACAAAAAGACCGUCAGUGAUUGCCCAGCAAUAAUCAUGUUGUUACUGUGAGUUGGCAACAUGCCUGACUUUCUGAUAGCAUUACUGUUUUAUAUUUUUGUUUAUUGUAUAUUAUGUGUGGUUUUAUUUGGUAUUUAUUUGUGUUUUGAGGUCUUGCAAUGUUUUUGUGUUUCUGAUGCUAAUAACUAAAGUUUGUAAGACUGUAGAAUGCAAAACUCGGAGAUGCUAAACUGUCUUAUUAGAGGAAAAUAAAUCUGAUUAUGGAGUCUCA